AUGUUUAUACUACAUGCAUUGGCACAAAAGAGCCGCGAUGUGUCAAAUUCAGAAGAAAGAACCCAAAAUGGCGAGACGUGGUUUAAUCUCGAAUGCCGAUUUCCUGAUUACGACGGCGUCAAGUUCGGCGAGGCCGGAAUCUUUCUGCGUGUGCCAAAGUUCCGAGGGUCAAAGCCGAUCGCGACUAUUGAGGCCCGGCGUCGGAAAGACGUUCACGGCGAGCUCAUUGUCGACCACGGAGAUUCCAAUGCGCUUGAGCAACAACUUGAAACUGUAUUCAAGAUCGCUAAACACUUCAAAGCCGUGCUCCUCUUGGAUGAGGCAGAUGCGUUCAUGGAGCAGCGUACAUCUUACCCUGAUACUCACAACCGCCUGGCGACCGUGUUUCUCCGAAAGCUAGAAUAUUACCAAGGAGACCUGUUCUUGACUUCGCAUCGGGGUAUUCAAUUUGAUGAUGCAACCCUUAGUCGGAUCCGUUUAAUCGUCAAGUAUAAAGUCUUGACGAAAGAGUUUCGCAGAGACCUCUGGUCGACUUUUCUGUCCAAGGCAUGUACGAUGCAGGGACCAGCGCUUGUGGAGGAGCACGACAUCAAAAACAUUGCAGCAAUUGCACACGCUCUCGCUGAGGUUGACGUCAAUCAGGUGAACUACAAAUACUUGGAGUUAGCUGCUGCGGAAUCGAAUAAGGAAUUUUCGAAGGAGUUCGGUCGACAGGGGAUGGUGGACGGGAUGUGUCUCUAG